AGGAAAGCCAUGGGUGUGGGUCUGUUCUUUGCGCGCGUGUCGCCCUAUUCCUAGCCGCAGAUUUCUGCAUCUGGGAGCUACCUGCUUGUUCGCUCCCUCCCUUGCGCUCUCUGGUGCUCCGUCCCAGGUCCCACAGCCACUGGCACGGGGUCUCUCAAGUUCCUGGUGCGCCGAAAUGUUUCUUGGGCAGUGUUGGACCGCGGAUUUUCCAGAACUUUAAGAGCACACGAAUGUUCCAGGACAACCUGCAGCUCUGAAUUCCAGGCCUCCCUCUGCCACCAAAUGGGAUGACCUUUAUUGAUACAGGCGUUAUUGAGGUGACCUUCACUCAAGAGAGAUUAUAGGGAUGCCUGAAACCGUUCUUGCCCUGGAGGAACCUCGUGGAAAAAAAAAAAAUAGAUUUGUUAACGCAGACUAUGCAGUGUGAGAUGCUGUACCAGAAGCGCGAAUAGGGUAACUUGGGAGCAUUGAAGAGGAGCCCGCAGGAGUCAGGAAAAGCUCUGUCUAGCAGGGGGCAUGUGCAGUCAUUCCCUACGUGCUAUCCGUGCUACCUUCUACAAUAUCUCUGUUCUUUAUACGACGAACAGCUCAGUCUAGGGCACCAUCUCUUCUACAAACAGUUCCUUUACUGAUCCUUAUUUCCGCUCUUGCUCGCCUACAUUGAAUUCUGACAACAGCCAGAGUGAAGUGUUCAAAAAGCAAAUCUUACCACUUCCUUGUUCAGAAUUUACAAAUGAUUUCUCAAUGCUUUAAGAAAUAUGACACAUCCCUUAAUGCAGCAUGGUGGUUCUUCGUAGCAUUAACACUUGUCUCUUUCUUAUUUUUAAUUCAUUCAUUCUACAAAUACUUAACGCCUACUGUAUGCUAGGCAGUGUUCUAGAUUCUGGGAUACAACAAAGGUCCCUCACCUCAUGAAGUUUACAUACUUUGGAGGACAUCAGACUAUAACAGAUACAACAGAAAGAACGUCCAAAUCUCAAAGGCCACUGAAAAGAAAGGCACUACCUCCUAGGACAGAGAAAAUGGCUGUUGACCAAGAUUGGCCUAGUGUUUACCCUGUUGCAGCACCAUUUAAACCCUCUGUAGUACCUCUUCCUGUUCGGAUGGGUUAUCCGGUAAAGAGGGGGGUGCCCAUGGCAAAGGAGGGAAAUCUGGAACUUUUAAAGAUCCCCAAUUUUCUGCAUUUGACUCCUGUAGCAAUUAAAAAGCACUGUGAAGCUCUUAGAGAUUUUUGCACUGAGUGGCCAGCUGCACUAGACAGUGAUGAGAAAUGCGAGAAGCAUUUUCCAAUUGAGAUUGACACAGCUGAUUAUGUUUCAUCAGGACCAUCUAUUCGAAACCCCAAAGCACGAGUAGUCACCUUAAGGGUUAAACUUUCCAGUUUGAAUUUAGAUGAUCAUGCAAAGAAGAAACUUAUUAAACUUGUAGGAGAGCGAUACUGCAAGACCACAGAUGUGCUUACUAUCAAGACAGAUAGGUGCCCUCUAAAGAGACAGAAUUAUGAUUAUGCAAUGUAUCUGCUAACAGUUUUAUACCAUGAGUCUUGGAAAACUGAAGAGUGGGAGAAAAAUAAGACCGAAGCAGACUUGGAAGAGUAUAUAUGGGAAAAUAGCUCAUCAGAAAAAAAUAUCCUGAAAACACUUCUGCAAAUUAAAGCCGCUGAGAAAAAUCUGGAAGUAAAUAAGGAAGAGCUCCUUGGUACUAAAGAAGUUGAAGAUUACAAAAAGUCUGUUGUUAGGCUUAAGAAUGAGGGGGACAAUGAAAAUACCCUUUCUCACUACAAAGAAUCAGUGAAGAGACUAUUAAAUCUGACAUGAAUUAUGUAGAAAAAUCUGCUUGCUCUAUUAAUUUUAUGAUCUAUAUGUGAUUGUUGUCUAAUUCAAUAUAAAGUUGAAAAUGUUAAAAAAAAUUGUUUUACUUCAGAGUUAAAAUUAUUUCAUACUAAUGCACAGAGGCAAUGAUUAUUCACACAUUUUCUUAUUUAUACACUGGGGUGAUUAGACAGUUGGAUCUCUGUUUUCUUCUGGUUCUAAAGUGUUUUGAUUUUAUUCCUACCAUAACAACUUUAGUAUUAUAAUACAUACAUAUUAUAAAUUAUUCAUGUAGUUAUUUUGUCACCUGCUACAUUUGUUUCCUUAUAAAUUAGCACUUACUGGUUACUUUUGAAUUAUGAUUUCUGUCAUUUGGGACGCGAGGCCUAGAACACAGUCCCUGUUCAGUGUACAUAGCUGCUGUCUAUCCAGUGCAUUUUUGCAGAUGCCAAUUCCGAUUAGAAGCAGGUCUUACUUGUUUUUUCUUACCUAAAAAGUUGGUUCCAUCAUUCUACUUUGGAGUCACUUUAUGUUGCUUCAACUUUGUUUAAUAUCCUACUUUCUAUUUUCUGGAGCUUAUUUCUCCAAACCCAAGCUUACAGAAAAGUGGAAAUGGAGAUUAACUGGUAUUCAUCUCUCGAUUCCCCAGUUAGAGCUUCCACAGCUCAGGAAAGAGAUGAGGUAUAAGGACCUUGAGCUUAAUUGGAGUAAAUGACAAAAUGAGAAUUGCCCUAAGAAACAUUCCAUUCAAUUUAGCUGUCAGUGUUUUUAGGUAUAUCUGUAAGUCAUUUUUUACCACUUCCAAAGUUGUCCUCAAGUGAUUAAAAUCAAAAUAAAGGAA